GUCUCCAACAGCCAAAACAUUAUUUCAGCCAAAACAUUUUUCUCUCAUGUAUAAAGUGUCAUAUCUCUCUCUCUGACAAUCUUCAAAUCUCACCAAAUAAACCCCUAAAAUGGUAUCCAAAAGUAGGGUUUCUCCGAAAACUCCAUUUUGAUAUUUGAUUGUUUUAUGUUGGUGUUGUAGUGGAGUCACAAUCAGGACGAUGGUUUUUCUAUUGAGAAUGAUACAUAAGAGCUAUUCGUUUGCUCGAGCAAUGGGUUGUUGUAGCUGUUUUGGCUUCCUUAGGAAGCCCAAGCGAAGACCCGUGCCCAUUUCUAGCGGCGGGAGAAAUUAUCAUCACCACAAUAAUAAUAAUCAUCUCUCCCAGGAAUUAUUAUUAGAUAGUGAAAUUGAUGAUGAUGGUGGGGAGGAUGAUGGUUCUUUUAAUGGUGACAUUACGGGCACUAGUUAUUGUGAUUAUGCCGAGUUGCCGAAUCGUGCCAAACGCUCUGAAGAGAAUUUAAGACUUAGGGAACUGAAUGGAUUGGUUUGCAGGAAAUCUCCUGUCAAGGAAACCCAUCUACUCGUUCGCUCUGAGGAUGAAGAUGGUAAUAAGAUGAUCAAUGAAUAUGUUCGCCAGUAUAAGAUUGGUGCUGGUAGCUAUGGCAAAGUGGUUUUAUAUCAAAGCAGUAUAGAUGGAAACCUUUGUGCAAUUAAGGCCUUUCAUAAGUCUCAUUUGUUGAAGCUGCGGGUUGCUCCUUCAGAGACUGCAAUGACUGAUGUUCUUCGUGAGGUUCAAAUCAUGAAAAUGUUGGACCAUCCUAAUAUUGUCAAUCUCAUUGAGGUGAUUGAUGACCCAAAUACAGAUCACUUCUACAUGGUUCUGGAAUAUGUGGAUGGAAAAUGGGUGUGGGAAGGAUCCGGUCCUCCUGGUGGAAUUGGUGAAGAUACUGCUAGAAAGUAUUUGCGGGAUAUUGUAUCUGGGCUGAUGUAUCUUCAUGCUCAUAAUAUAGUGCAUGGGGAUAUCAAACCUGACAAUUUGUUGGUUACUCGCUCUGGUACAGUGAAGAUAGGAGAUUUCAGCGUCAGCCAGGUAGUUGAGGAUGAUAACGAUGAACUUCGUAGAUCUCCUGGGACUCCUGUUUUCACAGCGCCUGAGUGCUGUCUCGGUCUAACUUACCAUGGCAAAGCUGCAGACACGUGGGCAGUGGGAGUGACUUUGUACUGUAUGAUACUCGGGCAAUACCCAUUUCUCGGAGAAACACUCCAGGAUACAUAUGACAAGAUUGUCAACAACCCCUUGGUGCUCCCUGAUGAAUUGAACUCGCAGCUGAAGGAAUUACUCGAGGGACUUCUUUGCAAAGACCCAGCUCAGAGGAUGACACUGGACGCUGUCGCAAAUCAUACCUGGGUUAUUGGGGAUGAUGGGCCGAUUCCUCAGUUUUUGUGUUGGUGCAAGCGCAGUAGCAGGGAACCAUCUGAUGGGAACGACAAUGGUAUUCGCAACCACACCGAAUCAAAUGGUAGCGAGUUUGGCAAAAUUGUAUAAUGUAUAGUAGGAAUUCCAGUUUCUCCUUUGAUUUUGGUUUAUCUUUUGAACUCCCCGUAUGUGAUUGGCCGGAGUGCCAUAAUAUCUUGUGAGAAAAGGAUGUGAGCUGUGGUUGGGAUUUUGAAGGGAAAAAAAACAGAAAAAUAAGAGAAACAAGAAAGAUGUAGGCUUUUGGGACAAGCUGUCAGGAUUAUGUAGUAAUAUAUCCUAACCUCCGACCCAAUAGCGGGAAUAUGAUUCUUGAGUUUAGUGUUUUCAACUGAAAGACAUUCGAUUUUUCCUUCAUGCAGUUUUUGUGAGUUUAGAUUA